GCAGGAUUCCCUCCUCAUUAGUCCUCACCCUUCAUCAUCGCAUUGCAUCUUUCUACACAGACAUGAAAAUGCCUUCAACAUCUCUGCAACAAGUGGCGCUUCCAUUAGCAGCAGCUUGUUCUGCUGCAUUGGGCCUGUACUACCUUGCCAGGGUCACCUCAGCUAGCGCUGGGCAGACCUUGUCCCUGGCUCCUCCUCCUUACAGGCUGCGCCUGAAGCUGUGGGCCCUGUUCCACCGCUUGGCAGACUCCCUGCUGCCCGAUGACCUGAAGCUGCGAGCUUUGAGUAACAGCCACAGGGCCUCCAGCACUCUGUACGCCGCAGCAAAGCUGGACAUUUUUGAGGCUUUCAAAGAUGGAUCACAUACUGCGCACGAAGUCGCUGAGAAAGUGAGCUCGCCCAUACAUCCGGAGAGCCUCUUCCGCAUACUGCGGUUCCUUGCCUCUCAGGGCGUGUUUAUUUACGACCAAGCAAGCAACCGGUUUCACCUCACAAGAGUAGGCGCCCUGCUCCUGCGUGGUCCCGGCAGCCAGCUCCCGCGCGUGUUGGCCAACAACGAUCCGCAAGAUGCAGGGCGCAUUGGGCACAAUAACAUUGAGGCCUCCAUUCAGAAGGGGGGCUGCGCCUUCCAGCAUGCCACCGGGCAGACCUGCUGGCAAUUCUACGAUGGGGAGCCGCGGCUGAGUGCGCGCUUUGAGGAUAUGAUGGAGGUUGUGUCUCACGACGAGGACGCCGCCAUUGCAGCAGGCUACCCGGGGUGGCCGCGAGCCAGGUUCGAGGUCAGGAAAGAGGUACAAACAGCCGUUGACCUUUUAGCUUUACUGGCGCAGAUUCGCAAGGACAAUUUCCAAUCAGAAGGCGUUGUGGUCAAACGCCGGGACUGGCAAGCAGGAUCACGUCAAGCUGCAAGCUGCUCGCUGCACACAUCUAUCACUUGGUCCGUUGUGGAUGUUGCUGGGGGCCCGGGAGUGUUGCUCAGUGCGAUUGUCAAAAGGCACACACACUUGCGAAACCACGCCACGGUCUUCGAAAGACCGGCGGUGGUGCAGUCAAUAGACGUCGAUGCUGCGCAACAGCAGGGCGUCGAUUUUGCGUCUGGAGACUUUUUUGAAAAGAUCGAGCCUGCCAAUGCGGACGUUUAUAUACUGCGGCAGAUCAUGCACGAUUGGAACGACGAGGACUGCAUCCGCAUCCUUGAGAACGUCAAGGCCGCGAUGCAUGCGGGAUCCCGGCUGCUAGUCAUAGAUACGGUCAUCCUCGGCCAGAAUGAUCCCCUCUUCCCUUUCAAAACGGAUUGUGACAUCGACAUGAUGGUAUGGACGGGAGGCCGGGAAAGAUCGAGGGCCGAUUUCACAAAGAUAUUUUCUCAAGCAGGAUUCAAGCUUCUUCGAUUAUUUGAGAUGCAGUCGCUCAAAAGCAUAGUCGAGGCUGUGCUCAUCCACGAAGGGCCAGCGUGGCACGAAACAAUCAGUCAGGGGGUGCGACUUUCCCGUCUUGAUACAAUUAUCGCCCGAUAA